UUUUGAUAAUAUUUUGUAAUUUUAGUAAUAAUAAUUUGUAAUUCUAAUGUAAUAUUAAGUUUUCUCCUAUCGAGACUAACCUUUAAUUGGAUUCCUAGCAUUUCACGUUAUUUCACGACUAAUUUUAAAUGAACACUAUCUACAAUAAAUAUUUUUCUAAUACAACACAAAUUCAAUCGUAUAAUAUUUGUAUAUUAGCAAUAUGAUUCCUAAAGCUUCUGGACCCCUGAUUGCAGGAGCAUCCAUUGGAGCUCUUGGAGCCUUAUGUUUUGGUCUAACGUCUGCGGCACUUAAUACCACUAAAGAAUUCGCAAUAGUAGAUAUGGGAUGGUGCAAAAACGAGAUCGAUAUUUAUGAUUGCCCAAAAUCGCAAUUGUUUGCCGGUCUCUCUAACGGCUCAACAUUUCUCGGAGCUGCUUUUGGAUCACUUUUAAUUGGUAUUUCCGGGAAAAUCGGAAGGAGGAUCACUUUAUACUUAAUAAAUUCAUUCUUUGUUGUUGGAUCUACGUUGUCCGCUUCAUCUGUAAAUUUUAUUAUGUUGUUCAUGGGCCGCCUCAUUUCUGGAUUCGGAAUUGGUCUGGCUGCUGUUAUACCGGUAUUUUUGGUUGAAAUAUGUCAUCCUAAGCAAAGAAAGUACUUUGCUGUGAUAUACCAACUGUUCAUUACCUUUGGUUUACUGAUUUCGGCAGGAUGGCAAUUGGCCCAUGGUCGUGUUGUGACCAAUGAAGACAAAGGGGGUCCCUUUGUACUUACCACAUGGGAUAAGGUUGUAUGGCGUGGUACUCAAUUUUUACCAGUGUUAUGCUGCAUAGCUUCUUUGAUUCUAAUUCACUUUGUUGUCUCAUUUGAUACACCAUAUGAAUUGAUUUCAAAGGGUAAAACUGAGGAAGCACGUGAAGUCAUUGAAAAGCUCCAUGGAAAGGAAGAGGUCGAUGAAGUCUUUAAUGAAUUCGACAGAGAUCAGGAAGUUGCCAAAUCAACCCCAAGCAUACCUUUAUCCACAGCAAUCAAAAAUCCUAAAUACAGAAAGGUAAUCAUUCACGCAUUCGUAUUGGCUGCCAUUCAACAGUUGGUCGGAGUGACUAUCCUUACGUCAAAUGUCACCAAAAUUUUCCUUAAAGUAAUGGGUAGGAAUUAUAACUCCACUAUAGCUUCGUCAUCGAUACUUUUGGUUAAUUUUGUGGCAACUGUCAUUCUUACUUUCAUUAUUGGUAAAUUUGGGAGGAAAACAUUCUUAGUCUGGGGUAUUGGUUUCUCGACCAUCUUCAUGGCACUGUCAUCCUUCAGUAAACCAAUUGGUAAAGAAGCCUCGUGGGUUCCCAUAGUCUCUUCUAUAGGUUCCUUCGGUUUCAUUAUUGGUUUUGCAUUUGGUUUGGGAGGUAUUAUGUGGGUUUAUUUAUCCGAAGUUUUCGGGACCGAGUAUAGAAACGGUGCCUUGAGUGUUGCUGUUUUUAUCAACUGGUUAUGUGCCUCACUUACCUUAAUUGCAUCCGAAUUCCUAAUUUCAUACUCGGAAGUUGUUGUAAGUAUAAUUCUUUUUGCAUUCUCAUUGUUCGGUUUCUUUUACGUUGCUGUAUUCAUUAAAGAAACUAAAGGUGUUACGAUCGGAAGGGCGUAUGAUUAACUGUUGUACAAAUUGUUUUAAGCCGUUAGAAAACUUAACGCAGUAACAAUUCGUCUUAAUACACAACCUGUAAUGUAG